ACGAAAAGCAAUGUACUAAAAGCAGGAAAGUAGCAGUUCUGGGAAAGUGAGAAAGCAAAGCGUCAGGCCCAAAGAGCUCUACAGUAGUGCCUUGCGAGGUCGUAGACCCGGUAACCCAUCGUUCGCCUAAGAUCGAAAAUGCUUAGUCAAAUCACUCUUCAUUCAGUUCAGUCCAUUUGCUUAACACAUGCAUGUCCAAAGAGAUGGCGAUGACAGUCUCUCUCUUUAAAAUCGAGAUUGUGUGGGUGUUCAGUUACCGCUCAUGUUCACGUUCUCAAAAGAAAAGAAAAUCAGGCUUUCCUUGGGGAAUCUCUCUAAGGACAGUUGUUGGCUGAUUUUAGGAACAAAACAACGGGGUAUCAAGAAUAGAUGGAAAUAUUUGGGUGCUAUGCUUAUGCUUAAUAAUCGUAGGAGAUUUAGUUCAAUACAUAUGAUGGAAAGAAAAAAUCUAGUAUUAGUUUCUACUAAUCAACCCAUUCGUAGAAUGUCGCUUCCCGCGAGAGCACUACCACCUCUACCUCUACCGGAUGUUAUUAUAAUUAGUGAUGAAUUACGUGAACAUGCGCUUCCAGUAGUGUUCCGUAUAACUACAUAUUUGGAUGAAACUGGAAGAUCUCUCGGGCCCACCUUCUCAGCUCUACGCUCUUUCCGUAAUACAUUACUCCGGGAACUACACGCCAGAGGCGAAACUUUUCGCAGCUUGCAUGAAGAUUUCCUAUUGAAUGGUAUGGAAAAUAGUAUUUUGGGGCAGGCUGUACGAGAGCAUUACGACGCAACAAUAAUUAACAACGGUCUUCCAGGAGUAGGCCCGGUAGCGGAGAGUCCUUUGGAUCAAUUUGGCAUUCACCCUAUUCUGGAUCUUCAUAUGGGCAACUAUUAUUUCUCAUUUACAACCUUCCUGUCUAUGUUGCUCACUCUCGGUUUGGUCUUACUUCUUCUUUAUGUUGUGACAAAAAAGGGAGGGGGAAAGUCAGUGCCAAAUGCAUGGCAAUCCUUGGUAGAGCUUAUUUAUGAUUUCGUGCCGAACCUGGUAAACGAACAAAUAGGUGGUAUUUCAGGAAAUGUGAAACAAAAGUUUUUCCCUUGCAUCUCGGUCACUUUUACUUUUUCGUUAUUUCGUAAUCCCCAGGGUAUGAUACCUUUUAGCUUCACAGUGACAAGUCAUUUUCUCAUUACUUUGGCUCUUUCAUUUUCCAUUUUUAUAGGCAUUACGAUCGUUGGAUUUCAAAGACAUGGGCUUCAUUUUUUUAGCUUCUUAUUACCCGCGGGAGUCCCACUGCCAUUAGCACCUUUUUUAGUACUCCUUGAGCUAAUCUCUCAUUGUUUUCGUGCAUUAAGCUCAGGAAUACGUUUAUUUGCUAAUAUGAUGGCCGGUCAUAGUUCAGUAAAGAUUUUAAGUGGGUUUGCUUGGACUAUGCUAUUUCUGAAUAAUAUUUUCUAUUUCAUAGGAGAUCUUGGUCCCUUAUUUAUAGUUCUAGCAUUAACCGGUCUGGAAUUAGGUGUAGCUAUAUCACAAGCUCAUGUUUCUACGAUCUCAAUUUGUAUUUACUUGAAUGAUGCUACAAAUCUCCAUCAAAAUGAGUAAUUUCAUAAUUGCAUAAAAGGAGAGUAUGUUUGAAAGCUUUCCUUGCUGACUUGAUUGCCUUUUCUUAUAGUCAAGAUAGUCAAAGUAGAGUGUGAUUCGGCAUAACCAUAAGAAGUAGCGGUAUUGUAGGCCGGGCUAGUAGAAGUGGUGAGGUACCAGGGGGAAGAUGAAAACUUCUUCACAAGCCUGGGCUGGGCCUACCCCCAUC